AUGCACUGGGUGGUGCGCUCGCAGAGGAAGAAGUUGCUUUUGCUUGCAGAGUCCAUAUCCAUCUCUGUGGACGAUAGGGCUGAUUUUCGUGUGAUGCGUUACCGCUGCAGCUUCCGAUCUGUGGAAGAUUUUUGUCAAGCUACCCAAGCACAAGCUGCCUCAGCCGUCCCAGCUUCUCCAGCCGUCCCAGCAGCUUCUUUGUCCAAAAGUUCAUCUUUGGAGGAUUGGGCUUCCAUGGAGCCAUUGACCGCAGAAGGGUUGCUCGGUGUUCUGCGAUUGGGACGGGAUGUUUCCCAAAACAACAUUGAGCAACAUGACAUGGACAAAAGUGAAAAGAUGGCAGAUACUGUGCUUGAGAUAUUGCAGGAUGUUUGCAGCGACGCAGACGGAAAUGUGGACAGAGAGGCCCUUGAGAGGAUUUCUGGUCGCAUUCAACAUUUUGCCUCUGAUCAGGGAGCUUCUGUUUUGAAGUGCGGCCAGGUCUUGACCCAGCGGCCUCAGCUUCCCAACCUGUUUUGGCUCAGUGCCGAUGCAGCUCACCAAGUGCGGAUUGCCACCAAAGAUCCUUUGUCAGCCCAGGAGGGCUUCAAGCGACAGUGGGACCGAUUGUUUUCAGAAAGGCAUGCGCUAGUGCCUGACAUUCAAAAUUCCGAAGUUUGGAGAUCUCGUUUGAUUGCUGCUCAGAAGGUGGUGCUCCGAUCCUGCCAGACCCAAGGUGCGGAUGUCAACAAGGUGCUCCAAACCUUCAGCUUUGCAAAACAGAGGUUCGAUAGCGUAGCAACUCCCAUGCUCAAAUAUUGUUGCAUGCUGCGCGCCAUUGCAUUGGUGUGUGCUUUGCAAGCAGCGGAUGAGAGAGGUUCUCGAGAAGUUCGUGCAAGAGCUGCUGCUGCUCUGGAGGAUAUGACGCCAGCCAACCUCUUUCGCUGUGGCCUUACUUGCGAUUACACCAUGGAAUGCUUGGCAUUCUUGCGAGAAUGCUUCGACAUCGAAGAUCCAGACCCAGCAUGCACUCCUGAGUCAGUUCGUGCUUUUUGUGCCCGCAUGAAGAUCUACUAUGGGAGCAAAGUGCAUUAUUUGUGCACCAGUGCUGGCGUGAAAGACAUUCGAGCCAUCAUGUCUGAGAUGAGCAUGGUGGUUGAGGACAUGGUGGACAGAGUCCUGGUGGACCUAACGGGAGAUGACCUUGGACAGUGCUUGCAAGUCUUCGAUGUGAUGUCAUGGACCAAAAAGGAUCAGACUGCUUUGCUGCAAAAGCGGAUCAACACAUUGGCCAAAGCCUUGCAUGUGGAUGCACGUGUGCGGGAUGCUUUUCAAGGUGCCGCAAAGUUGCUUUUGAAGGUGGUGUGUGCAGCACAGGCCAACAAGCUGAAAAUCUCCAACAGGCAGGCAUGGACUUGGAUUUUGUGCCUUGAAUGGCGUGCCCGCUAUUUCCCGCCUCAUUGCAACACGAGGUUCUUGCCUGACUUGGAGAAGAUGAUUUGUUUCUACCUUGCUCUGAAGGUCAACACUACGACUCUCGAGCGAAAUCUAGGGCAACUUUGCAACCAGCUCCACGCACACGCAGGACCAACUGCCCAGGAUGGACGUCUCCUUUCAGCAGUGCUUCAUGUGGCUCUGGAUGGCCCUGGAACUGCCAAAGAAUUGUUUGAAGUGAGAAAGGCUGAGUGUGCCGGGAGUGAAGUUGGCUUUACGCCAACUGGAUUCAGCCUAGCAUGUGGUAAGCUUUGGCUUGCCAUGUACGGGAGACGCUUCCGCUACAAGUAUGCCAAGGAGCCCACAAGCUGCCCAAGCCGUCCCAGCCGCAAACGAAAGGCACAUGCUUGUAGAGGAACUUUUGAAUGGGUGAAGAAGAAGCGAAAGGAGGCUGCCAGUCAUUUGUGCAAAGUUGCCCAGGAACAGGCCUCCCAGGCUGCAGUUGACUCCUUUGUUCCAAAUUUGGAGCUCCCACUGCCACAUUCUAAUGCCUCGGGCAGCAAGCAAGCCUUGUCCGGAACUCGUUGGCAAAGUUCUGCUUCAGCCAGCUCGGAAGAGAAAAAGCCCAAGAAGACUGCGAGUGAACUGUUCAGGGAUCACACAGACCGAAAGCGAGCCAGACAUGCAGCAGUGUCUCGGCGUCGGCAAGAAGGCAACCAACCUUACCUGCCCACUGAAGCGAAGAGUGGUGGCUUUGCACCCCCGACAGAGAAGCUGUUGCCAGAUCACUUGCUGCAGGGCCACAGGACGAAACUUUCUCUGAUCUAUCGCCUUCUCAGCAAAGAGCCUCCCUCUUUUGCAUGCCCAGUGGGAUGUGAGAUUGUCUCGACGAUGGCCUUUGGACAGGCAGACGUGCUGGUUGUUGAGGAUUUCAGCGAUAUUGAUCUUAAGAUGGACGAAAACACCAACAUUGUCCCACACUUAGUUCUGUUCUUUCAAGCAAGUGUGCUUCCCAUGUGGAUGGCUGAAUUUAGUGAGCUCUUAAAGGUUGCCACAUUGUGA